AUGGCCAACAACGUUUUUUAUUUCUUUUAUGCGCCGACAUGGGACUGGCCCCCAGAAGGUCCCAUAAAGCUAGGAAAUGUGAUCAGGGCAGUCGGGGAGCCGGAGCAACCGCUGUUCACAGCACCACUGCCUGCUGCAUCCGAGGUAUUCACGUCAGAAAAGUUCAACGUAGAGUACACAAAGGAGAAGCUUAGAGAGGGGAGAUUUUCCAUCUUGACCAAAUUCUUAAGCAUUCUCGGUGUCGGCAUCAACGUCGGUGCUGACUGGCAAGACAGCAAUGCAGAGCUGUAUGGUUUCAAAAGCGUUGAGACCACGCAAUUCAUUCCGAAAGAAGAUUACAUACAGAAAUGUAUCGAAGCCGACGCGGUACGGCUUUAUUUGGAUCGCUCUCGGUACCGGAAGCCUGUCUACAUAAUCACCGGUAUCAAAACCGUGUAUGGAGCAAGAGCAAAGUCCUACAAGCACAAGCAGCAUGGUGGCGAAGUCGGGAUUGCGGUCGACGGUACUAUCUGGAGCGGGGGCACCGCGCCCCUCAGUGUUGAGCCUGGGGUUGGGGGGAAGAGGGUUACGACGACGGAAACGACUUGGGAAGGGAGUAGUGAUUUCGUUUUCGCAUUCCGAGUCCACAAGAUUCAUGUGAACAGGAAGACACAAGCGGUGGACGAAAGUCAUGACUACACCAAGGGCGCCCUCCUCGACAGCAAGACCGACAAAAUUCGAGAUGCCCUCCCAGAUAUUUUUAUAUUAUCUCAAGAGGAUCCCAAGCCCAGCGAUGAAAAUCAUGAUGAAGGAGAAUUCACGGAAGGAGAUCGCGUUGUCCUAUGCGCGAUUCCCAGAGUCACAGCCACGGAUGAGGAGGAGAUGUGA